CAUGUCGCUGCCGCAGCCAAGCACCGCCGUCACAACACUCCAUGCCGAUGGCUAAGAAGCACGACACUGGGCACUACGCUGCGUACGCCGAGAGGCGCGCCAAUUCGUCCUUGCAGAUGCUCGCCGAGUCCUCAACCAGUGUGUCGAUGUGGGUCGACGUUGGGUCCAAAGACGACGUGUCCCUGUCGAAAACUACGUCGGACUGGAAGGUGUUUUGCGCCAACCGCGCGACCACUACCAUCGACACAACGCUACAUAACGUGGUGCAGCGGCUGUUCCAGGCCACGGAAUCGUCCAAGUACCAAGAGCUCAUGCGCUCGAUGUGGGGCGACGCGUACUUGGACGCGCGGGUGAUCGAAGUCAUUGGUGCCGACCCAGAGAAUGCCGCGUCCAUGGCGACAGUGGCGCCGCAGCAUCGCAACGUGCCGUCUGUCUUCCACAAGGUUCACAAGCGCACGUCGGUCAAAUGGUUUGCCACGUUGGGCAAGUCCAAACUCUCCAAAGCAUCCGAAUUCCACGUCGUCGAGGUACGACCGACUACCCAUCUAAUUCGUUUCCAUAUAUCCUAACCUUUGGCGGCAGUUUAUCGGCUUGGUGUACGACAGCCACAGCCGAAUCCAAGCCAUAUACAUCUACCAAGAGUCCAUGAGCAAAGUAGACGACGCGCCGUUGCCCCUUCAGACUCCCGUGUCCGCCACCUUCGACCGCGUGCGUGUGGACGGCCUCAUCAUGAAAUUCGAAGCGCUCGAACUUCCCUCCGGCGGCGAAUACGUCAUGAUGUCCCUCGCCCUUCAACGCCAACCGUCCUUGCUUGACUUUGGCUUCAAGAACCCAGCCGAAGACCUCGUGCUCCGGUUCGCCAAGGGGUACCGCGCAGGGCUUCGCCGGACGUCGGCCGCGUUGUCAUCGUCGCUCCGGAUUGCCGACACCGGGUCGUGGGUUCGGGAUCAAGAUCGACCGGCCUGUUCCGUGUGCGCCCGGGCAUUCCAUCCCCUUGUCCGGAGGCGGCACCAUUGCCGCAAGUGCGGCGAAGUGGUGUGUUUUCAAUGCUCCAACCUGUUCAACACACUGGACCAGCAGUCAUCGUCUGCAGCGCCAGACGUCCGCCUGUGCAAUCGAUGUGUGGUCCAGCAACAAGCGGACGCCGGGCGACACCUCGGGGUCAUCGACGCCAACGAAUUGAAGGAAUGGCUCGACGAAGAAUUGGCGGAAAACAACCCCGACCUGUUUGACGUCCCGCCACCCGCCGCCCGCCGCCCCCUGCCCAGCGGCGGCGCGUUCACCGGCACCCUGGAAGUGAAUGUGUUGGCGGCGACGACGACGACGCAGCUGCUCGACACGUCAAAGUGGAACAAUCAUCCGUCCACAGCCUCCGCGACUUUGGACGCCGCGCCUUCAACAGACAACCUUGUGCUCGGCCCGAUGAUGCACCCUCCCCCCGGUGGUGGAUCAGCCACGACCCCGCCCCAUCCCAACUCGAAUCAGUCGCCGCGCACGACGUCGUCGUCGCACGGGCGACUCAGUGCCGACAAACACAUGCCUACUCAUCCUGGACUCGGCACGUCCACCAUCUGUCUGGGCGCUGAGCGGCGCAACUUUGACGCAUUGUAUGAUGGCGACGAUCAUCGCAAAUACGGUCGAAGUAACCACAGCGACGACAACAAUCACGACGAUGGCGGCGGCGGCGGCGGCAGCUCCAAGGACGGAGAGAACGACGGCGGCAUUCACAUCGUCGACCCGCCUCAAUUAUAUCGUACAUCAACGCCCCAUCUUGGGAUUCCACCCCCCCCGCCAGCCGCCGCCCAUACUCGCAGCACGAGCACGAGCUCGACGUCCUCGCGCCUUCAUCACAAAUCGCCUCGAACGCUGGACACGUUCACGUUGCAACUCACAGCGUCGUCGUCCAUGUCCAUGGGGGUGACUGCGCAGCCGACGCCGUUGCGCCAAUCGUCCCAUCGCCGCAUGCCAAGCAUCGAAUCCCUUCCGUCUCACUCGGUGGACCAGUUCAUUGCGUCGACGUCUCUUCCGUCGUUGCAAAUCGAUCCCCGAUACCUCCCGCGCACAAACACGACCCCCACUCGACCACCGUCGACGUACUUACUUCCGUCGACAAGGCCGCCAUCAUUCGGAGGCAUCCGCACGGCCUCUGCGUGGGCCAGUGUCACCACCUCAACCACUGCGGCGGUGGAAGCGGCGAUGCGAGAUCUCCACAAUAAGAUUGGGGGUCCAGUGCACUUUUUGGUCGUGUCGUUUUCCGACGGAUGCGAUGCCAUCGACGUGAUGGUCGCGAUGGAACAUGGCGCCCCGGGCGUGCCGUUUGUGGGCGGGCUCUCCGCUCGAGGCAUAUGCGACGAAGCGGCGUGGGUGUCUAUGAAACGUGGCGGUCUCGUGGCGCUGUGGGGAAUCCACGACCCCCUAGGGUCGUACACCGUCGGCUCGACGGGCUACGACGAGUUCACGGCCAAGCAUAACGUCGCCGAUGCCGUGCAUGAAGCCCUCCACACCACCCCAAAUCCGGUAUUUUGUCUAGUGUAUGCAUGCCCGCUGGUCGUUGACGAGGCCCUCGCCGGCCUACGCAGAGCAGUCCCGUGCCCCGUGCUCGGAGGAUGUUCCGUCCUUUCUGCGCAUUACCAAGGCUAUUGUACGUCGCCGUCUUCAUCACGUCCAAGCGAAAGCACAACUGAAAAUGAGUUGAGAACUGUAGUGCAAAUCAGCAGUGCAGGCGGAUCCACGAUUGGUAUGACAUUUGCACUGUGCUCCCCCAGUGUCGAGACGUCCGUCGGGUGGUUCAGCGGGCACAACGUCGUCCAUACCAAAGCCACGGCCGUCGCCAGCGAACUCAGUCCUCCCAUGCCGUGCAUGGGAGUCGUCACGUCCGCCGACAGUCAAACCAGGGUCGUGUACGAGAUUGACCAUCGGCCGGCUGCCACCGUGUACAAGGAGUGGUUGGCGAACGUUCAUGCAGCAGACGCUCCGAUGAAGUUCCCGCGACUGGGGUACAUGUAUCCGUUAGGACAAGUCGUGCAAGAAUCACUUCCGUCGCUUCACGUGAAUGCCACCCCAGUUGUAACGGCCGUAGAUGACGUUGCUGGCACGUUAAGCUUGACCACGCCGAUUCGAACGGGCACGACAGUCGCUCUCAUGCACACGUCGGUGGAUGUGUUGAAGGACGCCGUGAAGCGAAUGGCCGUCACGGUGAUGCGGACUUCGUCAUUUGACGUCAAAGACGUCGACGGAUGCCUCAUGUUUUUGUCCGCGGGUGUCCAGGUCGUCUUGGGGUCGUCCAUGAGCAUGUCUGGUCUCGUGGGGGCCUUUAAAGCAUGGUCAGGAGGUGCGAGCUUCCUCGGCUUGACGUCGUUUGGGGAAGUUGGGCACUUGGCCCACGAUUCGACUCCGCUCUGCGACGCGCUCAUGUUCUCGUACCUCAUCUUCUCGAACCAGCGGCGCAAUCCUCACGCAUGAUAGAGGAAUCUUAUUUAACGUUAAUAUCCCCAUGCCAUCAUGCCUCAUGUCCUUUCUCCGCCGCCUCGUUCACCGCAAAGGCGGCUUGCCGCAGCAGAUUGCGCGCGUUUUCAGGAUAAU